AUGCCAAGAGUACUUAUAAGUGAUGGGGGUUCCCAUUUUUGCAAUCAAACCAUAGAGGCGCUGCUUAAGAAGUAUAAUGUCACACAUAGGGUCUCAACACUCUAUCAUCCUCAAACAAGUGGGCAAGCUGAGGUGUCUAAUCGAGAAAUCAAGCAGAUUUUGGAAAAGACAGUUGGACAAACUCAGAAAGAUUGGAGCUUGUGCUUGAAUGAUGCCUUGUGGGCAUAUCGUACAACUUACAAAACACCAAUUGGGAUGUCUCCCUUUUGGCUCAUUUAUAAGAAACCAUGCCAUCUUCUAGUUGAGUUGGAACACCAAGCUCAUUGGGCAAUCAAGACGUUCAAUAUGGACAUAGAUGUGGCUGGUCUUCAUAGGAAACUUCAAUUGAAUGAGCUUGAGGAGAUUCAAAACAAGGCUUAUAAGAACGCUCAUAUCUACAAAGAGAAAACGAAGGCAUUCCAUGACAAGAUGAUUCAUAGCAAGACGUUCUCUAUAGGGCAGAAAAUGUUGCUUUCCAACUCUCGCCUUCGAUUGUUUCUAGGUUAUCCAGAACUAUUUUCCAUUCGUUUGCACCAUGGUGGGGAGCUCAGUCAUGAAUACUAA